AUGGCAUAUAUCAAACAUUUCUAUCCUUCCUCAUCGAUCAUUUGCUCAUGCAGAACAGUGCGAUUGUUUUCAAAACAAAUCUGUCAUCAAUCGACUAGUGUAGCAAGCGCGCAUACAAAUGAAAAGAAAGAUCUGAAGGGCGAAUAUCCAUUGCUCGAUACGAAAUUUAAUCAAUAUCGCAUCGCUUAUCGGUAUCGACGAAGUCUUGAAUUAUUGCGUGGCUAUUUUGUCUAUCGAAUAUUCUCGAUCAAUUUGCUUGUGAAUAAUCAAACUAAGAUUGCCCAAUGGGGUCAACGCAUUCUCGGCACGCAUUUGUUCAAUGCAAUUUUGAAGUUAACCGCCUUCGGACAUUUUGUUGGAGGUGAAACACCUCGAGAAAUCACACCGGUAAUCAAACGCUUGCAAAAGUAUGGUGUCAGACCUAUCCUCGACUACAGCGUCGAAAGUGAUGAUGGUGGCGCCUCGUCAACAUCAGCUGAAGAUGUUGAGCGUAUGCAUGAUCUCAAUACAGAUAAAUUUAUUGAAUGUAUCAAAACAUCACAUAGUGUCUGUGGACCGAAUAAUUUAGUCGCAAUCAAAGUGACAGCGCUGAUCAAGCCGAGCUUAUUGAAGAAAUUUAAUGGAUUUCUCAAAGCAAUACCAAAUCGCUCGGCAUUGCCAUCUCUAUUCGAACUGAUCAAUGAUAAAUAUAAUCAAGGAAAUCUAAUUGAAUCAUUCGAAAAAUCGAUGAAAGCAUAUCUUGCCGAAACUCAGAACAACACUUCCACUAACAUAACCUUCACUCAUAAUGAAUUAUCAGACAUUCUCAAUCUCAUCACACGUUUGAAUCGAAUCGCGCAAGCAUCUGUCGAAGAGAAUAUCUCAAUUAUGGUCGAUGCCGAACAAACAUAUUUUCAAGCAGCGAUCAAUUAUCUUGCCAAUGAAUUACAGCGAUACUAUAACAAAAACGAUUCUGCAUUUAUUUAUGGAACAUAUCAAUGUUAUUUGAAAGAAACAUUGUCAUCGUUAAAAGAUGAUCUUGCUCAAGCUGAAAAGUAUGGAUAUAUCUUCGCUGCGAAACUCGUCCGUGGCGCUUAUAUGGAACAAGAACGCCGAUUAGCGCGAGAACAGGGUUAUGAAGAUCCGAUCAAUCCAAAUUUCGAAGCAACAUCAAGGAUGUAUCAUGCAUGUCUCGAUGAAGUGUUGAAAAGUAUUCAAAAACGUCAUCCGAAUCAAGUACGAAUUGUCAUUGCUUCGCAUAAUGAAGACACUAUUCGAUAUGCCAUUCAACAAAUGAAAGAUCUGAAUAUACGUCGUGGCUCGUCAUUGGUGUCAUUCGCAUCGCUGUACGGAAUGAGUGAUUAUGUAGCUUUUGCUUUGGCCAAUUCUGGUUAUAAAACUUAUAAAUAUCUGCCAUAUGGACCGAUUGAAUCACUACAACCAUACUUAUUUCGGCGCGCACAAGAAAAUCGUGCAGUGUUUGAGAAAGCGGAUAAAGACCGACGUUUGCACUUGAAAGCCUUAAAAGAUCGAGUUUUACCCUUAAAAAUUUAA